AAAUAAACAAUUUUUGAGAAAAAACUUCUUUAACAUUUUUUUAAAGUUAAAAAAAAUGUCCUAUUUGGUGAAUUUCAACAAUGAUACUGCCAAGCAAAUUCUCAUCGACAUCAUCCGCACAGUUAAUCAAGCUGAAAACUCCAAGAAACUCUCAGAAGCCAAGGCUUCCGCUGGCAAAGAAAUGCUCCUCAUGAUGCAGCACGUUUUUCCAUUGGUAAUGCAAUUGCAGACGGAUGUUAUCAAAUCUUAUGGAUUCCCUGGCAAUCGGGAAGGUUUGGUGCAAUUUGCCCAAUUAGUUAGAGAAAUGGAAAGAGAAGAUGUUGAAAUUGCCAGAUUACGAAGUCAGAUUCGAGCUAUUUAUCUGCCACCGAUAGCAAUAAACACUACCAACGAUGUUUUGAUUUAAGACUCUCUCUCUCUCUUGUUGACUGACAACAUUUUAUUAUAAACAAAAUCUAGAUUAAAGUAUUAUUUUUUAUUUAAAUGCAUUUUAUUGAUGUGUUGCCUUAGAACAGGAAAAAAAAAACAAAUAAUUGUUCAAAUUUGAUUAAAAUUACCUACAUAAUAAAAAAAAGUUAAAAAUUA